ACACACACACACACACACACACCCUGGAACAGGUGACACCAUGCUCUGCCGCACUGCUGUCCCGGAUUUUAAGCCCGCCUCGGGCAGCCUCUUCGGGCAGAAGAUUGCCAUCGCCAGCAUGUCGGCCGCCGCGCCUCCCCUGCCCGAGAAGAGCCAGCUCUUCAGUGCCAGCAUCAGCCUCCUGCUGGCCGAUGGUCCGGAGCUGACCCAGGUGUCCUACCAGACAGCCGCCUCGGAGGCGGACCUGGCCGACGCCGGGCGCUCGCUGGACAUCGAGCUGGAGGCGGCCGCCGCGGCCGGUGGCUCGCGCUUCAAGAACGUCACCGCCGCGCGGAUGAAUGGCCCGGCAGCCCGGCGUGCCCCGGCCCCGAUCCUUCGGCUGACGGCCCCGGGAGAUGUGGUGGAGACGGUUGCCCCGGGGCUCUCGGCCUCCGGGGCCACGGACCUCUUCCUGGCGUCGGCCUCCUCCGGGCGGUACUUUCUCCUGCGCGCCAGCGACCCCUCCUGCCAGGCGGACGGGCCCGCCAUGCCGGCCGAGGUCCUUUGGGAGGCGCAAAUGCCGGCCAGCGGGUCCAUGCUGCAGCAUGGCUAUUCCGGCGCCGGCAAUUGGUCCGGCGUGAGUGCCGACUCGCGCAGCCUCUCCGGCUACCAGUCCGGCUCUGGCGGCCUGCGCCUGGCCCUCGGUCGCCAUACCCAGCGCCAGGCCCUGGUGGUCGAGCACCGGCCUGGUGAUGUGGCCAGCCCGCCGGCCGUUCUCCUGGACGCCCCCUGCUCCUCGCACCCGACGCACGUGGGCUUCCACUCUCUGCCCUCGGUGUCGGCCACCCAUGACAUGGUCGUCAUCCUGGAUGGCCCGGCUGUCAACAUCUUCGACCUGCGCCAGGCCGAGCGCAACGGCUGCGCCGGCCGUGUGCAUCUGCCCGGUGUUCGGUCCUUGUAUGGCUGUGACUCGACCGCGCAUGGUGGCGGCGCGCUGGCCGUCGCCGGCGAUGAUCGCACUGUCUACACCAUCGACCCGCGCAAGUGGUCCUACGCUGCCGCCUGGCCGAACUCCCUGAAAUACGAGGCCGGCCGCGUGCACUUCUCCCCCACCGCACCGAUGCACGUUUACUCUGCGGGGCUCGGCGAUUCCGAGCUCACCUUCUCCUCGAUUGCCGGACCCCAGCGUGGCUCGCGGCCAUCCACCCGUGUCGAUGGUCGCUGGCUUGGUCUGGCUCAGACCACCGCCCAUGGAGACGACGUGGUCGUCGGCCUCACUGCUCAGGGCACACUGUACACGCUUCAGGGGGCGACCUGGGCCUUUGGCUACCAGCCGCCCACUGCCGCCACCGCUGCCACCAGCACCUCCAGCACUGCCGCCACCAUGACCAACGAAUAGACAUGCCGGCUUGCCGUUUCCCACA